UGAGCAAUGCAAGAACAAAAAAGGAUUUCUCCCCUUUUACGAAACUAAUAGCGCCAAAUCUAGAGUAAGAGGAGGGCCACUUUGACAUCAGAACAAAAAUGUCCAAUCAGUUGCGUGCGGCUGAACUGCUUCGACAAGCAGCAUCUGCAUUGAUGAAUACUGCACCAGAGACACCAAGCAGUGAGAGAAGAACUAACGUUACUCCACAAACAAACUCAGGUGCAUGUGAGAUGUCAGUUCAAGCUGCGGUAAGAAAUGUAUUUUCCCCAUACAACAGAGGAUCAUCUGUCAUGCGAGGUGCAAAACGGAGAGGUCAAACGGGUACAGGUGUAUUAGCCGUGUCUUACUGGACCCACCGUUACUGCAUUUUACAAAGUACUUGUCAGGAAACAGUGCCAACCAGAGAAGAAAAACACAAAUUGUACAAAUUAGGGUUUGGGGAGAAAAAAAUUACAUUUCAAAAAAAUGAUGACCCAUUGUUAUUCAAACAAAGGAUUGAAGAGAGCUUCCCUGCAUUGGAAAAAUGUGGUGAAUAUGAACUUCUUCAAUCAACAGUGGGGAGCAGAGUGUUUCUGGAAAAGCUUCAAAUCCCCAAAAAUGGCUACAAUGCCAACUUUUUUGCCAACGAAAGCAACCUUGGCCAAGCAGUUUGCUAUAUUCGCCCAAUCCAGAAGGAUUUGGAACUUGUUAAACAUGACUUCAAUGACAAGGGCAUCGAUGGAACCUCUGAAACAGUGUAUGAAGAAUGUAUGGAAUGUAAAACUGCGAUUCCCUUAUCACAGCUGAGAGACCACAUAAAAAUGUGUUCACAAUCCAUCUCAAGUGAGGUCAGUCUUGCUGGAAAGUGA